GGGGGGUCUGGUCCCGGGGGGUCUGGCCAGGAUGCUGGGGGGGGACCUGCACCCUUUGGCCGCUGUCGGGAGCUGGUGGUGUGCGGUGCUGUGGGCGGUGGUGAGCGUCUCCCUGGUGCAGGUGGGAGAUUCCCAGCAGCAAAUCCCUCUCAACGUGGUCAAACUGUGGGCUUCAGCCUUUGGCGGAGAAAUCAAAUCCAUUUCGGCCAAAUAUUCGGGUUCGCAGUUCCUGCAGAAGAAAUACAAAGACUAUGAAAAGACCGUCACAGUGGAGGAAAUAGAUGGCCUCCAACUCGUCAAGAAAAUAGCAAAAGACUUGGAACGGAUGUUUCAUAACAAAGUUGAAGCCAUGAGACGUCUUGUUGAAGCGGCUGAAGAUGCACAUUUGAAGCACGAGUACAAUUCCGAUUUGGAGUACGAAUACUUCAACGCUGUUCUAAUCAAUGAAAAGGAGGAAGAUGGCAACUAUGUGGAACUUGGGAAGGAGUUUAUUUUGGAACCUAAUGAGCAUUUUAAUAACUUGCCAGUUAACCUCAGCUUAAGUGACGUGCAAGUCCCCACCAACAUGUACAACAAAGAUCCCAAUAUCGUAAAUGGAGUUUAUUGGUCUGAAUCCUUAAACAAAGUUUUUCUCGACAAUUUUGAACGAGACCCUUCUCUGACGUGGCAGUAUUUUGGGAGCGCCAAUGGAUUUUUCAGAGGAUAUCCAGGUAUAAAAUGGCAACCGGACGAAAAUGGAGUCAUUGCGUUUGACUGCAGAAACCGCAAGUGGUAUAUUCAGGCGGCCACUUCACCUAAAGAUGUGGUGAUUUUAGUGGACGUCAGCGGCAGCAUGAAAGGCCUGCGCAUGACAAUAGCCAAGCAAACCGUCUCCUCCAUCCUCGACACGCUGGGAGAUGACGACUUUUUCAAUAUUAUCGCAUACAGCGAGGAGCUUCGCUACGUGGAACCGUGUUUAAACGGCACAAUGGUACAAGCAGACCGAAAUAAUAAAGAGCAUUUCAGACAACAUCUCGACAGUCUGAAUGCAAAGGGAAUCGGAAUGCUAGGCUUGGCUUUGACCGAGGCCUUCAACCUUCUAAAUGAGAUUAACCGCACAGCACACGGCAGUACAUGUAGCCAAGCCAUCAUGCUGGUGACUGAUGGAGCGGUGGACACUUACGACACGAUAUUUGCAAAAUACAACUGGCCAGACAGGAAGGUGCGUAUCUUCACUUACCUAAUUGGACGAGAGGCUGCAUUCGCGGACAACCUCAAGUGGAUGGCCUGUGUGAACAAAGGUUACUUCACUCAGAUUUGUACUCUGGCCGAUGUGCAAGAAAAUGUCAUGGAAUAUCUGCACGUUCUCAGCCGGCCAAAGGUGAUCGAUCAGGAACACGACAUUAUAUGGACAGAAGCUUACAUUGACAGCAUUUUUGCUGGUCAGGAUCUGAUGACCACUGUUGCCAUGCCAGUAUUUAGCAAGAAAAAUGAAACUCGCACAUUAGGUAUCCUUCUGGGUGUGGUGGGCACUGAUGUUCCAGUCAAAGAGCUUCUGAAGAUUAUUCCAAAGUACAAGCUGGGGAUUCAUGGAUAUGCGUUUGCGAUCACCAACAAUGGCUACAUCCUGUCACAUCCAGAUCUCAGGCCACUGUACAAAGAAGGAAAGAAGAGAAGAAAACCCAAUUACAGCAGCGUUGACCUGUCUGAGGUGGAAUGGGAAGACAAUGAUGACACUCUUCGCAAUGCUAUGGUAAAUCGAAAAACGGGGAAAUUUUCCAUGGAAGUUAAGAAGACGGUGGAGAAAGGGAAACGAGUUCUUGUGAUGACGAGCGAUUACUAUUACACAAACAUCAAGGGCACUCCUUUCAGUCUUGGCGUGGUUUUAUCAAGAGGACAUGGCAAGUACUUGUUCCAGGGAAAUGUCACAGUGGAAGAAGGUUUACAUGACCUGGAUCAUCCAGAUUUAUCAUUGGCAGAGGAAUGGAACUACUGCAAUAAUGAUGUGAAUCCGCUGUAUCGCGACCUCUUUCAACUUGAAUCUGUCAAACUCUUCCUGGCAGGAAAGGAGCCGGGAUUAAAGUGUGACAAAGAGUUAAUUCAGGAGGUGCUGUUUGAUGCUGUGGUAACAGCACCACUGGAGGCGUACUGGACCAGCUUAGCUCUGAACCGAUCUGAAAACGCUGACAAAGGAGUUGAAGUUGCAUUCCUUGGAACUCGCACAGGCCUAAGUCGGAUUAACUUAUUUGUUGGGCCAGAACAACUGACAAACCAAGACUUCUUGAGUGUAAAGGACGGAGAAAGUAUUUUCACAGCUGAUCACUUUCCCCUGUGGUACAGGAAAUCAGCAGAGCAACUGCCAGGAACCUUUGUCUACUCCAUUCCGUUUAGCACAGACACGGAAAAUAUAAGCAGUGUUGUGACUGCAAGCACAACAGUACAGCUUUCAGACAACAGGAAAUCCCCAGUGGUCGCUGCUGUAGGAAUUCAGAUGAAGUUGGAAUUUUUUCAAAAGAAGUUCUGGACUGCCAGCCGACAGUGUGCUUCAAUUGAUGGCAGGUGCUCUAUAAGCUGUGAUGAUGAUACAAUAAACUGUUACCUAAUAGAUAACAAUGGAUUUAUUUUGGUAUCUGAAAAUUAUGACGAGACUGGGACGUUUUUCGGUGAAGUGGAAGGAGCGGUCAUGAACAAACUAUUACUGAUGGGCUCAUUUAAACGAAUAACACUGUACGACUACCAAGCCAUGUGCCGCGCAUCGACAGACAACAGUGACAGUGCCCACAGCUUAUUGGAUCCUUAUUAUGCCUUCUUUGCUGCAAUCAAGUGGAUAGCGACAGAACUUGUCUUAUUUCUGGUGGAAUUCAAUCUUUGCAGUUGGUGGAAUUCAGGCUUCACAGUAAAAGCUCAGAGAUCGAAGCAAGUUCUCCUGCCGUGUGACACUGAGUAUCCAGCCUUUGUGUCUGAACGCACCAUAAAGGAGACCACUGGGAGCAUCCAAUGCGAAGAAUGCAGCAAGUCAUUUGUGAUCCAGCAGAUCCCGAGCAGCAACCUAUUCAUGGUGGUGGUAGAUGCUGAAUGUGAAUGCGAUUCCAUGCCUCCAAUAACAAUGGAUCCUAUAGAAAUAAUAUAUAAUGAAUCCUUGAAAUGUGAUCGUCUCAGAUCGCAGAAAGUUAGAAGGCGUCCAGACAGUUGUCAUGCAUUCCAUUCUGAAGAAAACGCGAGGGAAUGUGGAGGUGUCUUGGGAAUGGGGCCUUGCCUUGCUCCCCUCCUCCUGCCCCUCAUCCUUGUCUUGUCUCACACGUGACAGAAACUCCAGUGUUAUAAAAACAAACUUUGGCAUGCUAAAAUCCACAGAAGGAAUCCGAAUGGCAUAGUACAAAGGAGAGAGAUGCUGGUCAGUGAAGGAUCAUGUCUACAUGUCUACAUCACACUAAACAUUUAAGAUUGGAACAGUUGCUGGAGCUAUGCUGAAGCUGGUGUCGGAACCGAACAGCACUAAGUAAACAGAUUUGCAACGCUGUGUGCAAAUAGACACGGGAACUGUCAAUAUGGUAACCAUAAACUGUGAGACUCUUUGCCGACAUUCAUUGGUAAUUAUUUUGAGCCUUGCCUUAUCCUUAAGAGAUUGGAACCUGUUGGUGUAUCUUUUAAAACAAAUUACCUUUUGAAUAACAGCGGGUUUGGGUGUUAGCAUGGAGUAAGUACAUUGUACAUUGUGUGGUCAAACGUAAACUGUGUUCCCAUUGAGACAUCUUUUUAUUUUUUAUUUUCCCAUAUCAUUUGUACUUUAAAUUUAAGAUAAAAGAAGAGGCUGAAGUAUGUUGUUUUCUGUGCGCGCAGACUGUUUAUAAAUGCUAAGAUAUUGUCAACCAGUUGCUGAAAUCCCAACAUAAGUUAUGGAAUGCGAAAACCAUCUUUUUUCAACAGACUCUUGAAAUUCAAACUAGAUAUUAAAUAAGUAAUGCAAUGAAUUGCUGUGCUCAUUUGAAAUGUGUUCGUUUUCCUCAAAAUGACAAUUUGUUAUUCCACUGAAGAUCUAUUUCCCACAGGGUCAGAGACUCAGAAACAUGGAAGUUAAACUUGUUCACCCUACAAAAUGUCCUUCUCCAGCUUUCCAAGUAUGCACAUUUUGUAUGAUUAAAUCAAUAUUAUAAAGAGGAAUUACUGGGAAAAUGUAUGGAUAUGCACAGAAUAUUUGAUCAUUUGCAUUACUCUGAAUAAAUGAAAACAUGUAAAA